AUGGAGCUACCAGAGUGUGUAAGGGAGUACCUGAGUCGCCAUGAAAAGUGCCACCUCUGUGAUGUUACCUGCAUGCAGUGUGUGGGUCCAGAGAGAGAGGACUGCACUAGCUGCUCCCCAACACGGUUCUUUGAUGACGGCCGCUGUGACAUCCGCUGCCAGGCGGGGCGUUUCCCGAUGGGGAGACAAUGCCACCUCUGUCACCACACCUGCCAUGAGUGCACAGACGAGGGGCCUGACAACUGCACCAGCUGUGACAGAGGUGAGGUUGCAGAUGCAGAGAAUGAGGACUGUCUCCACUGUGACGAGGGAUGCAAGCAAUGUAAACGCAAGGAUUCAGGACAUCAGGAGCAGGAAACUGUCUGCCUCAAAUGUGAAGAUGGUUACUACCAGUUUGGCACAGACUGUCAUCAGUCCUGCCCUGAUCGGACCUACAGUGUGGAUAACACAAUGGUGUGUGCUCAGUGUGAAGACAAACAAUGCGUGAACUGUGACCACGCCCAGUGCUACGUGUGCGAAGAUGGAUUCUAUGUCUCUGAUGGAGAGUGUGUGGAGCACUGUCGAGAAGGUUUCUUUGUGGAUGAGGAGAGCCAGGAAUGUGAGCCGUGUCACCGUGCCUGUCGUACCUGCGGAGGGCCGCGAUAUGACGACUGUGACUCCUGCGAGGAAGGAUUCACACUGAAGAGUGGGGAGUGUUUGGAGGGCGAACAGUCUGCCCCCUGCUCUGAGAAAUCCUUCAGAAACAAAAAAGGGGACUGUGAAGCAUGUGAGCCCCUUUGUAAGACUUGCUCUGUUUCAGCGAGGGACUGCAGCAGUUGUUAUCCAGGUCAUUUUCUGACCGCUCGACGGACCUGUGCGCUUCGUUGUGAGUCUGGCACAUUUGCCAACAAAGUGUCCAGCCAGUGUGAGGCCUGCCCAAAAGGUUGCAUCAUGUGCCAGGAUGCCCAGCAGUGCCAGCGCUGUCACAAUCUGUUUUACCUGUACAAUGGAGCAUGUGUGGUGGACUGUCCAAGAGGGAUUCCUCAAAGUGGCAUAUGCCAGCCUUGUGCCUCGAAGUGUGCAUCCUGCCAUGGAAAUACCUCCCACUGUCUGAGCUGUGACAGACAGUACUUGCUGCUUGACCACUCCUGCAGGGAAAACUGUCCAGAGGGUUACUACGCCACUGAGAGGGAAUGCCUUCGCUGCCCUGCUGACUGUAGAGAAUGCAAUCAAGAUGGUUUGUGUAAGAAGUGUGCAGACUACUUCUUCCUCCAUGACGAUAAGUGUGUGGAUGAUUGCCCUACUGGCUACUUUGCCAGUGAGAAGCAACAGGAGUGCGUGCGUUGCCAUGCCGAUUGUGCCUCGUGUGACGGACCAGGCUUUGAUGACUGUGAUGUGUGUCGCAACCCGAAAGCUGUCCGUUAUAAUGGAGAGUGUCUAGCUAAGUGUCUUAAAAGGACUUACUAUGAUAAAUCUACCAAUGAAUGCAGAGAUUGUGACAGGUCAUGUCUGACCUGCUCAGGCCAUGAGCCCUCAUCCUGCCUCAGCUGUGAUAUCAACAGGCGUAAAGAUGCCAGUGGCCACUGUAUAUGGUUCAAUGAGUGCUCUCUGACCUCAUACAUGGACCAGAAUGGGGACUGCCAACAGUGCCACAAAUACUGCCAUCGCUGUUCUGGAUCGGGCAAAGAACACUGCCUCAGCUGCAACAAGCCAGACUUCCUACUGAACAACACAUGUGUGCAGGAGUGUCCUGUGGGUUACUAUGCUGAGGACCAUGACGAGCGGGUGUGUGAGCGCUGUCACUUUAGCUGCACGUCGUGUACCGGCCAUCACAGUCAGCAGUGUGUCGUCUGUAAACCUGGAUUCUUCAAGCAGGGAAAAAGCUGUGUCGAAACCUGUUCAGAGAGUCACUUUGGGAACUCCAGGACCAUGGUUUGCGAACACUGUGAUCCCUCUUGUAACCAGUGCUGGGGUCAUGGUAACACAAACUGUCUGAGCUGUCGGGAUGAGUAUGUCUACCUGAGGCAGGGUAGGCGGGGACAGUGCUUACAGAGCUGUCCUUCAGGCUACUACCUUAACAGCUGGUCCAAGAGCUGUCACAAGUGUCACCCCACCUGCAAGACCUGCAACAGAGAGGGUGCUCUAGCCUGCCAGACUUGUUAUGAAGGCUUCACGUUUAUGAACGGCAUCUGUGAAUCAAAGUGUCUCGUAGGCUUUUUUGCAGCUUCUCAGGUGUCUCAGUCUCAGAUCGACAAACCAAACUGCAAAAUGUGUGACCUGUCCUGCAUGGACUGCCGAGGUCCCAGCAUGUGGAACUGCACACUGUGCCCCGCUCUCCAGAUCCUGGCUGAUGAUGGCCGCUGCCUGAGCUGCUGUGGAAAUGACAUGCGCCUCAUGGAUGAUAAACCAAUACCCUGGCAGUGCUGUGACUGUGAGGCCUCACGAGAUGAAUGCAUCCUGGGUGUCAACUUUGUGUUGCAGGAACCUAAAGAUUUAGAUGUUCAAGGCAGCACUGCCAAACGCUUUGUCACUGUCUACAUUCUACUUAUCCUCAUCGUGGGUGGAGGGAUCUUCCUCUUCCUCUAUGUUCGAUCUAAAUCACUCCCUGUCCCUGGCAUGCCCAAAAUCAAAGCUGGAGGCUAUGAGAAACUGGACAACAAUGGAGAAGUUGGCUCAAAACCCACCAGCUCAUCAUUAGGGGACUAUAAUGACGGAAUCAUUAAAUGUGAUGAUAGUGAGGGAGAAGAAGAAGAAGAAGAUGAUGACGAUGAUAUUGUGUACAUGGCACAAGAUGGGACAGUGUAUCGGAAGUUCAAGUACGGACUCUUGGAUGAGGAUGAGAUUGAGCUAGAGUAUGAUGAUGAGAGCUACUCAUACAGAUGAAAAGAAAGCACAACAAACCUUGACUGCACAGAAAUAGCUCCUCCUUCCAUAUCAAUCUAAAUAUGUUCAUGUGUGAUGUCUAUUUAAUUCAAACUAUGUACACACAGUUUUUCCAGACCAAAACAAUUUUUAAUCAGGAACUCAUCUGUUGUGUGUUAUACCUGCCAUGUAGCAGUCAUUAUGUUGAUGUGAUAUUUUUAGCUGGGCAGGUAUUACCAACAGGAUAUAUACUAUUCUGUGGUUGCUACUUUUAACAUGGCUGCAAUUAAACAGUUUAAAGAGAAUUACGGGCAAAACCAAUGUUCUGAAACAUGAAUAUAAUUUAUAUUUUCCUGUAAAAGUCUUUUUAGCCAUCCUGUUUAGCUUGUUUCAAGCCGUAUUGCUGGCACAAAUAAGAACUUUUGUGUUUGCCUUAAAAACAACACAAAUAUCAAACUACUACAUUUUCUAGUCUCAUAUUUGUGCUGCAGAUAUUUUUUUGUUUGUUUUUUGGAAGAUUUGGCUUUUUGAGUAGACAUAUGUAAAUCUAGCAUAGAGAUUACAUUUUUUUCUGGUGCCAGUGAACAAUUAUGCAGCAAACCUACAAAGAGUAGACUCGGUUUUCUUAUGAAGUCAUUUUAAAAGUCAUCAGAAAUUCUUGGCAAAUCGAGCUGCUGGGUCCAUUUUUAAAAUGAGCUCUUACUUCUGGUCCUUCUGUUUGCCGCACAACUCUGCUUUUGGUUUACUGUUAGGUUAUAUAGCAUAUUCCUUUAAUUGAGUGUGUCUAAUCUGCAUUUCAUCACAUCAGGGAAGGUGUGAAUGUGCUGACAAUCAUGCUCAUUUUCAUAUGUUGUUUACAUUUUUUCUAGAGUAAAUAAUUUCACUUGAAACAAACCUUGUCAUAAUAUGAUCGUUAUUGUUUGAUGAAGAGGAGACUAAAACUUUGAUCAUUCAGAAACAAAACACUCCAAAAACAUAUCAAGCAUGUAAAAAUAUAAUUCUUUGAAUUUAACUUUUAGCUUAAAUUGUUGAUUAUCAUUUAAUAAUGUAAAACAGUUCCACUGUAUCUGCAUCAUCUUUGCUCUGGUAACAUUACAGCUCAGUACUUUUAUUUUGUGUGUUUGUUUGUUUUUUUACUGUAUUUUUUAGUUUCACACUGCAUCUAAAAUUUCAAAGCAAUAUUUCUGCUGAAGUACAAUCUGAUCUGUAACUCUGUGUAGUGAAGUUUGUACCUUUUCAGGUUAGUUUUCAAAGAGAGGACAAAUUCUCUGUGUUUUGCUGUUUUUAGCCCACCUUGAAAUGCUUAUAUUCUCAUGUCUGUGCAGGUGUCCUCCAUUUACAACACAGCAGAAAGUUCCUUAACAUAUUUCCUACUUCAAUGUUUUGACUUCUGAGUUUCACAUCUGGCUUGUAUUGUCUCCUUGAGAUAAGAACAGAUCAGCAUCCCUUUCACUGGAAAGUGUGAAAUCCAGUUAGUUUGGG